UUAUUUUGUGAUCCAAUGUAAUUUAUUUUAUUUCUAUAAUUAGAAUUUUAUUUUAAGGCUAACUCCGAUUUACAUGAUGGUAUUAGGAAUAUUAUUAUUAAGCUCAACUAAGAUUCAUAAGAUCUCACAAUUUUACAUGUACGAGAAAUCAUAUGAAACUUGCACAAAAUAUUGGUGGAGAAAUCUUUUGUACAUAAAUAAUCUCUUCGGCCUCGAGGAAAUGUGCAUGAGUUGGAGUUGGUAUUUAGCUAAUGAUAUGCAAUUUUUUAUAAUUGCUAUAAUAAUAUUGAUGUUAUCAACUGUGUACUUUUAUGCCGCUGCUGUGCUAUUGGGUAUACUUUUAAUAGGUUCCGUCAUCCUUAAUGGUUAUAUUUCAUAUAUUUAUGAAUACAUUCCAACUUGGGGUGAACAAUAUAGACUUGCGGAUAUCUUAUAUUUUUCACCAUGGAUUAGAAUAAUUCCAUAUAUUAUGGGAAUAAUUACAGGUUUCAUUUUAACGAAAAUAAAUAAUAACUUUGUCUUAGAAAAGGUAAUGUUUAACUUAUAUUUUAU